UGUAGCCCACCACAGUUGUCUCUCCGACCCUUCUCUCUGCAGUAAGCAUGUUCGCCAGGGUAUCUGCGAACCGCUCACGACCCAACGCACGUUACCGGUGAGAAACCCCCCCACCGAAGAGUCAAGGAUAAUCGAUUUGGAUGUGGCGCGCACUUGAGAGUUUGAAUACGGUGGUAAGCCCGAGUGACCGGAGCACCGGCAGUGAAGGAGGAAUACUAUAUUCGGGGUGGCGCUCUCUACUUAACGUGGACAAUCAUGCUGUUUUGGGGACUAGGGUUUUUGCUAUUUCUCCCUGACUUUUUGAAUGUAGUGUCAUCCACGGGGAGAUCGCUAUUGAGUUCAAGAAAAGCUAAAAUUUCCGAGCAGCUUGGCGCAUAUGAGAUUGUAACUCCAGAGCGAGUGAAUGAAGCCGGUGACAACUUUCCCACGAGCGUGCACUUCAAAAGGAAAAAGCGUAGUGUGGAGGGUAGCCCAGGCAACUCCUCUGAUCAAUGGGCCUUGCCAUCAAUCCAUUACAAAAUAUCUGCGUUUGGACAGAACUAUCACCUCAACCUGACACUCGAGUCGGGAUUUAUCGCUCCGCUAUACACUGUGACAGUACUUGGAGCACCUAUAGUUAACAUAACGGAUUUCACCCCGGAGGAGGAGACGGAGGAGGAUACGGAGUAUCAGCACUGCUUCUAUAAAGGACAUGUGAAUGCUCAAACGGAGAACACCGCAGUCAUCAGUCUCUGCUCUGGAUUGCUUGGCACUUUCAGGUCACCGGAAGGGGAAUAUUUUGUGGAGCCCCUUCACAGCUACGAUGGAGAACUCUAUGAAGAAGAACACACCAAACCUCAUAUUGUGUACAGAAAGAAAGCCUCUGAGAAUGAGGCAGCUGUGGAGGACACUGCUUGUGACACAUCAGGACAUAAACACAGACACAAGAGGAACAGCGACAAGAUGAAGAGACGUCCGCUGUCCAGCAGUAGCAGCAGCAUGCUGGAUGACCUGGACAGCCUGUCUGCAGGCCUGACUGCCGAUCCCUUCUCCAGAACAGAGAGAGAGAGCGGCAGACGGCCGGCUAAUGACAGCAGCGGCGACUCAGGACCUCACAGGAGAUCAAAGCGCUUCCUCUCCUAUCCCCGCUUUGUAGAAGUCAUGGUGGUGGCAGAUAGCAAGAUGGUGGAACAUCACGGGAGCAACCUUCAGCACUACAUACUCACGUUAAUGUCUAUCGUGUCUUCCAUCUACAAGGAUCCCAGCAUCGGAAAUCUGAUUAACGUUGUGAUUGUGAAGUUAGUCAUAAUCAACAAUGAGCUGGAUGGCCCAACCAUUUCCUUCAAUGCACAGACCACUUUAAAGAACUUCUGUAUCUGGCAACAGAGGCAAAAUCACCAAGAUGAGAAUCAUCACUCCCACCACGACACAGCCAUUCUCAUCACCAGGCAAGACAUCUGCCGAGCGCGGGACAAGUGUGACACUUUAGGGCUUGCAGAGCUGGGCACCGUGUGUGAUCCAUACAGAAGCUGCAGUAUUAGUGAGGAUAAUGGGCUCAGCACUGCGUUCACUAUCGCCCAUGAACUGGGCCAUGUAUUCAACAUGCCCCAUGAUGACAGCAACAAGUGCAAAGAGGAGGGGGUUAAAAUACAGCAGCAUGUGAUGGCGCCCACACUCAACUACUACACUAACCCCUGGAUGUGGUCCAAGUGUAGCAGGAAAUACAUCACAGAGUUCCUUGACACAGGGUAUGGCGAGUGCUUACUUGAUGAGCCCAUUUCUAGGCCAUACAGUCUGUCGCAGCAGCUGCCUGGACGGAUAUACAAUGUCAAUAAACAAUGUGAAUUGAUAUUUGGGCCGGGGACACAGGUGUGCCCAUAUAUGGUCCAGUGCCGCAGACUGUGGUGCACCAGCCCAGAGGGGGCCCAGAGGGGCUGCAGGACCCAACACAUGCCUUGGGCUGACGGGACUGAGUGCUCUCCAGGAAAGCACUGUAAACAUGGCCAGUGCAUUCCCAAGGAGCACGACGCCACCCCCGUGGACGGGGCGUGGGGAGGCUGGUCUCCGUUUGGCUCCUGCUCGCGGACGUGUGGCGGGGGCAUCAAGAUUGCUGUGCGCGAGUGCAACCAACCUGUGCCCAAGAACGGGGGGAAGUACUGUGUGGGGCGCAGGAUGAAGUUCCGCUCGUGUAACUCAGAGCCCUGCUCCAAGCAGAAGAAAGACUUCAGAGAGGAGCAGUGUGCUGCCUUUGAUGGCCGGCACUUCAACAUCAACGGUCUACCUCCUAACGUGCGCUGGGUACCCAAGUACAGCGGAAUUCAGAUGAAGGAUCGCUGUAAGCUGUUCUGCAGGGUGGCUGGCAGCACGGCCUACUACCAGCUCAGGGACCGGGUCAUCGACGGCACGCCAUGUGGCCCCGACACCAACGACAUCUGUGUGCAGGGCCUGUGCAGGCAAGCGGGAUGUGACCACGUGUUGAAUUCCAAGGCGAGGAGAGAUAAGUGCGGUGUGUGUGGCGGUGACAACUCCUCGUGCAAGACCGUGGCAGGCACCUUCAACAUGGUGCGCUACGGAUACAACGAAGUGGUGAGAAUACCCAGUGGUGCUACAAAUAUUGAUGUGCGUCAACACAGCUACUCAGGGAAACCAGAGGACGAUAACUACCUCGCUGUUUCAAACAGUCGUGGGGACUUCCUGCUCAAUGGCGAGUUUGUGGUCAGCAUGUUUAAAAGGGAAAUCAAAGUGGGCAAUGCCGUCAUCGAGUACAGCGGAUCCGACCACGUCAUCGAGAGAAUCAACUGCACUGACCGCAUCGAGGAGGAGAUCAUUGUCCAGGUGCUUUCUGUCGGUAACUUGUACAACCCAGACGUCAGGUACUCCUAUAACAUCCCCAUCGAGGAUAAACCCCAGCAGUUUGUCUGGGAUGCCUACGGGCCCUGGCAGGACUGCAGCAGGCCCUGCCAAGGAGAGCGUAAGAGGAAGAUCCUGUGUAGUAGAGAGUCGGACCGUGUGGUGGUCUCAGACCAGAGGUGCCAUGGGGCCGCCAGACCAGCCAUGGUCACAGAACCCUGCAACGCAGAGUGUGAAAUCAGGUGGCAUGUGGCGAGGAAGAGCGAGUGUACAGUCGCAUGUGGAGUGGGAUAUCGUACGCUGGAGAUCUACUGCGCCAAACUCAGCCGUGCCGAUGGAAAGACCCAGAAGGUGGACGAGCGUUACUGCAGCAGUCAACGCAAACCUGACGACAAGGAGAGUUGCCAUGGAGACUGUAACCCAGGAGGAUGGGAGUACUCAUCUUGGUCAGAGUGUUCCAAAAGCUGUGGAGGAGGGUCCCGGCGUCGGGCGGCUGUGUGUGGAAAGUCUUCUGAGGCAGGAAGUGAUGAGAGCAAGUGCAGCCAGAGAGACAAGCUGACCACCGUCCAGAACUGCAAUGAGUUCCUAUGUCCUGCGUGGAAGACCGGAGACUGGUCUGAGUGCCUGGUGACGUGUGGGAAAGGGUACAAGCAUCGGCAGACAUGGUGCCAGUUUGCGGAGGACCGACUGGACGACCGCUUCUGUGACUCUAUGUCCAAGCCUGAGUCAGUCCAGACGUGUCAGCAGCAGGAUUGUGCUUCGUGGCAGGUCGGACCAUGGGGGCAGUGCACUACCUCGUGUGGACCGGGCUACCAGAUGCGAGCGGUGAAGUGUGUUGUGGGGUCAUACGGGUCCGUCAUGGACGACACUGAAUGUAACGCUGCCACGCGGCCCACUGACACUCAGGACUGUGAACUGACCCAGUGUCCCAUCAGCCACCCGGUUCCCCCGGGGACCAAAGUGCCCUCCCACCUCCCACACAAAACCCAGUGGAGGUUCGGCUCCUGGACACAGUGUAGCGCCACCUGCGGCAAAGGGACCCGGAUGCGCUAUGUCAGUUGCCGUGACAACCAGGGUGGGGUUGCAGAGGAUUCUGCCUGCUCACACCUGGCCAAGCCCCCGGCCAGGGAGGUAUGCUCUGUAGUGGCCUGCGGACAGUGGAAGGUCCUUGAAUGGACAUCUUGCUCUGUAUCCUGCGGGCAGGGGAAGACCACACGCCAGGUGCUGUGUGUGAACUUCAGUGAUCAGAUAGUGGACGUAGUGGAGUGUGACGCUGAUGACCGUCCGGCCACAGAGCAGGAGUGUGCCAUGUCCCAGUGCCCUGCUUCCCGCUCCAGUGACUCUCGGCCCCUCCCCUCACCCAGCGGGGGCCCCCGCAAUAACCUGCCCACGACUGCCGACGGGCGCGGUGGAGGGCGAGCCCAGGCCCACCAGUGGAGAACAGGACCCUGGGGAGCGUGCUCUAGCACGUGUGCCGGCGGCUUCCAGAGGCGUGUGGUGGUGUGCCAGGAUGAGAAUGGUUAUGCUGUCAACAACUGUGAGGAGCGCUCCAAACCCAUCGAGCAGCGCUCCUGUGAGUCCGGACCCUGUCCACAGUGGGUCUAUGGGAACUGGGGAGAGUGUACCAAGCCGUGUGGGGGAGGAAUAAAGACACGGCUCGUGGCGUGUCAAAGGCCCAACGGAGAGCGCUUUAACGAUCUGAGCUGUGAGAUUCUUGACAAACCGCCCGACCGUGAGCAGUGCAAUACUCAGUCGUGCCCGUCUAACCCCCACUGGAGCACAGACCCAUGGAGCUCGUGCUCUGCCGCCUGUGGUAAAGGAUCGAAGAACCGUAAGGUGAGCUGUGUGACCCGAUCCGGUCGACCUGUUCCAGAGGACAACUGUAAACACCUGACCCAACCCAGCAAGGAGAGGAGCUGCCGGGGGCGCCGCUGCCCCAAAUGGAAGACAGGGAGCUGGGGAGAGUGCUCAGCGUCAUGUGGCAAUGGAAUACAAGAGCGGGAAGUUUUCUGUGAGGUUGGAAACCGGCGCAGCCCGGAGGAGACUGAAUGCCCCCCAUCCUCCCGUCCGGCCUCCAGCCAGACCUGCCGGGUCACUGACUGCCCCUCUCCGUACCGGUGGAGCAAGGGAGAGUGGCAAUCGUGUAGUAAGUCGUGUGGGUCGGGCCACCGGCGUCGAGCGGUGCUGUGUAUGGACCAGACAGGGGAGGAGGUCCAUGAGAUGUUCUGUGUGGAUCAGAGAAGGCCAGAUGACUCUGAGAGCUGUAAUUCCCACGUCUGUGAGUUCAUCUGGAUCACAGGGGACUGGACAGAGUGCUCGGCCAGCUGUGGACAGGGAUACCACAGACGCCUAGUCUCCUGCAGUGAGGUGCAUGCUGGGAAUGAUAACUAUGAGUAUGGGCAUCAGUCUUUGUCCAACUGCCCUGGGACCCCCCCUGAGAGCUACAUGCCGUGUAGCCAAGGCCCCUGUCCUCCAACACACGAGUGGAGAGUUGGAGUCUGGGGACCUUGUUCAGUAAGCUGUGGAGGUGGGGUGAUGGAGAGGACAGUGCAGUGUGCGUCUACUGAGCGACAAGGCAGUGACAGUUGUCCCUCAGACACUAAACCAGAAGCCAGCAAGGUCUGCAGCAGCCCUGCCUGCCAUCUGCCCACUAGCUGCAGUGACGUCCAGAGUCUGUCUGGCGUCCAGCCUGAUGGUGAACAGUUUCUCAACGUACAAGGAAAAGCACUCAAAGUCUACUGUGCAGGAAUGCAGACUGACAGGCCGCGGGAGUACAUCACCUUGACGACCGGAGAGGGAGAGAACUACUCUGAAGUCUUUGGCUUCAGACUGAUAGACCCCACACAGUGCCCUUCUAACGGGACCAGGAGAGAGGACUGUGAGUGUAGGAGAGACUACACCGCUGCUGGCCUCUCCACCUUCACCAGAGUACGACUGGACCUCAGCAAGAUGCACAUCAUCACCAUAGACUGGCAGUUUGCUUUCACACGCGACGGCCACCGAGUUCCCUUUGCCACAGCUGGAGACUGCUACAGCGCUGCCCGGUGUCCACAGGGUCGAUUCAGCAUCAACCUCUCAGGGACAGGCUUCCAGCUAGCUGAGGAAACCAAGUGGAUCUCCCAAGGAAACUACGCAGUUGCUGAUAUACACAAAUCCCAGGAUGGCAGCAGAGUAACAGGAAUGUGUGGGGGUUACUGUGGGAAAUGCACUCCGUCCACCGGUUCUUACCUGCUCAUUACAGUGGCCUAAACCUACAGUGUUUAACCAGCUCUCUUCAAGCCAAGACGUCCAGCCUCUCAGUGGUGCUACAGUAAUGAGGAUUCCAUCCUCCAAAUGACCUCUAUUCCCUCCAAUGUGUAAAUAUGUCAAUAGAACAGGUGUAAGUACUGUACAUAACAUGGUAAAUGACUUAUUUAUUAUACUAUAUACUCAACAUUUAUUUUUGUAUUGUAAGAUAAUUUAAGGAUUGUGUUUUCUUUCUCUGCAACAAACACCAUGGACAUCUAUUUACAUUGCAUUAACUAGAACAUAAAAAUGUGCCUUAGAAAUAUUUAACAUAUUCAGUCCAGAGUUGUUGCUUGUGUUUCUUGCAUUGUUGUUUCUCUCAUAUUGUGGCAGUGUUGCAGCCUGGCUCUUCUAUGUCUUCUGAGGCAGAAGGUAGACUGUCUGUUUUGCUUCACGUUUGUGUGUACGGACGUGGGCACUUUGUAUGCACUUCCUCUUUUACACUCAUAACUGUGUUACGGUCCCGGCAUCCUUCAGCCCGGUUUUUCUUAUGUCGCGUGGUGUCACUAUCCAACCUUGUUCAGUGUUCUGAGUGUUUAUCAACCAGUGUAGUACGUGUUACUGUAUGUUCCUACCUGGGUCUUAGUGUGAAGGCUGUUUAGGCCGGUCUAAUUACCUGGUCUACACAGUCGCCAGCGGUGAGCAGUGGGCUGGUACAUUAGUCAGGUGCUUUUGCUCUCUAAGGCAGAUGGGAGAGACAGCCGUGCACAGCUCUGGUACAGAGACGGUGUAGUGAACCGUAACGCAGCGUGCUGUAAAGGUCGAUCUGGGACAGCCAGGGGGAGUGCUGGUGCUGUCGAGGCUAGCACAGGCAGCUGCUGCAGAGGCAGACCCAGCCAGGUGUUACUACCACAGAGGAACAACCCUGAGAUGGGCCAUAUGCAGAGAGGAAUGGGAAUGAGUGCUUUAAAGAGAUAGCCAUCCCUGUAAAGUUGAGGAGUUCAAGAAUUCAGUAGCAGGGAAAUUGAGAGAGAGAGAGAGAGAGAGAGAGAGAGAGAGAGAGAGACUGUCAACCCCUGCCUUGGUGGGGCAUACUUGAAUAUUUUUGCUGAGAGAGAAAAGUGAAUGACAUGAAAGUAGUGAUGCAGAACCUUAACGUCUCAUACUUAUCAAGUGGAAGUACAAGGUGUCACCCACCCAGAGGGAGUGUGUCAGGGGAAUAGACAGUGGAGUGCCCCUGGGGGCUUUAAGGCCAGAGCAGAGACACAGCUAGAGGAGGAGAGGGAGGAGAGGCUUGCAGGCUAAUAGAUCCAGAGAGAUGUGCUUCAAAGCAUCAGAAAGACUCACCUUUUGCUUUGUUUGUUCUGGGUUUCUCAGGUGUUGUGACAGGGAAUAGCCGUUACUCCUUAGUUUUGAGAGAGAGGCCGUAUUCCCAUGGCGAUAACUACAUGAAUCAAGCAGAGUUUACCUCAGGCCUACAACAACACCACUGCUCCAUAGAGAUUGGUUGAUGCCUUAAAGGUCUAGGUGUCCAAAUGCUGCCUCUAAGAACUGCUUACUGUACCUCCACUCAAACAACUUAGCUUUUUUUCUCAGCCUUUAUCUUAUUGCCUUUCAACAGUCAGUCCAUCAUUUUUCUGUAUGAUGUAAGUGUUUUGACAAUACCAGGGUACUUUCUGUUUGAAUGUGUGUUUUCUUUAUCUUAUACACUUUUUGCAACCAAUGCCCUUCAUUAGAUUUUUUUAUAAGAAAAUGAAUGACAAAUAAUAAGAAAAACUAUAAUAAUUUGUAUGAUUCUUUUAACAUGAUAAGAUACUUAUCCCAAAAUGAAUAAUGUAAGUGACUGUGAUGUUAUAAGGAAGUUUAGUAUCUCACCUUACUGUACACAUGUGAGGUUAUUCUCGUGUGUAUUUAUUUGUUUGACAGGGUUUGGCAGGGUGGAUGAACAUUGGUACCUUAGAUAGAUUCAGAGGACAAAGCCAUAUUUGCUACUUUUGCCUUUUUUAUAAAUGAUGCCUUGAGCAUAUCAGCAGGACAUUUUAAUGCCGGUGCAACUCUUACUUUGUCAUGGUUCCAUCCAACCUUUAGCUAAAAGCUAAUUCCACAACAUUGUAACCAAUAGCCAUUCUGAAUUUAUUUUUGGAAUCAUAUUAGUUUAGAUUUAAUUCAAUUAAAAAAUGUUCAAUGUUAACGUUAAAUGUUUUAUUGUCCAAAUAAUAUCCUCCAGUGAAAAGGGAUUGAAACUUUAGUCUGAUUGUGAAUAUCUGAUGAUCCAGAUUGUAUAUUUAUUCUCAGGUGUUAAAAUAAAGGGAUUAUUUGAACAUUAUUAUAUGUAUUAUAUUUAUGUAACAAUGUAUAAACUCAGCAAAAAAAGAAACGUCCUCUCACUGUCAACUGCGUUUAUUUUCAGCAAACUUAACAUGUGUAAGUAUUUGUAUGAACAUAACAAGAUUCAACAACUGAGACAUAAACUGAACAA